AGAGCGUGCGUUCCGCGAGAUGGAACGUGCGAGCCGUUGUUGACGGGGAGGGUGGAUGCGGCGCAGGAGGUGAUCGUCGUGUUCGGUGGGUGUGCGCGCACGAAGCAAAGGAUCCUCAAAAAGUUGGAGGAAGUACAGCGGGAGCCUGUGCGCGUCCAAGAGGAAGGCACUUCGAGAUUCUGCGCCGACGGAGGCAUCGCGACCAUUCCCGGAGCGACGGGGGGCGGUCACCCAGGAGGCAUUUUCAGAGGAGUCGGCUCGCUCGUAGGAUGGACGCCGUCGAGCCGCAAAGCGCAACGCUCGUCCUGGAGGCUUGAGGAGGAGGACCGAGCCAAUCGGGAGCCAAAGGCUGGAAACGCGGGGAAGCCGCCGAGCGAUGCCUUCGUCGCAGAAUGCCGCCAGCGAGCGGCGCAACGGCGAGAAAACGAUUACACACGAGCCACCGAAAUUGAAAACGACGCUGAAAACACCACCGAAACAGGCGACAAAUCCUCUACAAUUUGUCAAAGUUGGGCCAUGUUCGCUUUAUCGCACGGCUCAAGAGCAAUUGCAGAAGGUUCAAGAAGUUAAGAAAGUCAAGCAAGAAAUUCGAGAUGAUCCCGAAGAUUGGCAAUCGAACCUCGACAAUUGGAAGAGCAGCCGACGGAAACGGCAGGAGCACAUAAUCGAGCGCGUGGUCGAGGUGAAGAAGCUGGAGCUCGAGGAGCACGACCGCCAGCGCCGCCGGAGCAAAACCUUCUCGGAGAUGAUGGAGGAGCGCGGCAGCCGGGGCCGAAAACCCAGCAUAAGCCUCGCCAUGUACAGCGAGGAGGACACCAACGACCUGAGCGACCUCGGUAUCGGGACGAGCAGCGGCAAGAGCUCGGUGAGCGGUGACACCCAUGACGACGCCCAGAGUGUCCUCAGCGACCGGGACAGCGAGAUCGACAAGAGCCAUUCGGACGUAGACAGCGGGGGGCGCACGAACGGAAACGAGGGGCCGGCUCCGGUCGCCGCGUCGCCCCCUGCCUUAAUCCACGGCCUUAAGAAGCAGGAGACCCUCGACAAUGGUAUCCACAAGCUCGCGCCCGCCAAGCGCAUCGGCCAGCAAGAGUACGCGGAGACGCGCGCUGCGCCCACGGCCAGCUCCCCCGAACCCGAGGAGUACACGUUCGAGGCUGCGAUCCGCGGUUACGUGUCCCGCGUCGCUCACAAUAUCCCCCGGCGCUCGCUCGCGAGCCUCGACGCCAGGCUCGAGCGCGCGGUAAGCAACGGCCACGUCGCGCCCAUCAAGGUCGACAUCCACAAGCGUCGCGAGAUAUUCGAGCAAGCAGCCCGCGAGCCCGCCGACGCCAAGAAUAACAACGGCAACGGCGGCCGACCGGACACGAGCGGCUACAAGUCCAUCAAGGAGCGGCUCUCGAACCUCGAGAGGCAGAAGAUAGAUCUCGAGGAGAAGGGCACGGCCGCCCUCAAGGAGCACCUCUACCCGAGAGCCAAGCCCAAUAAGGAGUUCAAGAUUCGGGACCUCCUCGCCGAGGAGCUCGAGGAUGUGAAACCGCUGAGGGAGCGAUUAUCCAGCCUCGAGAAGCUCAUCGCACCAUGCGAGACGAGCUUCGCCGCGGCGCAGUUCAACAGCGAGCUCAAGGCCAAGAGCAUCAUCAAGGACAGGCUCGUGGCCCUCGACCUCGAGAGCUGCGACGACGUCGAGGAUAAGCGCCGCCCGAGCUGCUUCCACGAGGAGGUGAACAGUAUGCCGACGAACUCGACGCCGAGCGAGCGCAGCUCGUCGCCCGACUCGGAGUACCGCUCGCCUCGCGGUGCCACCUUCCACCAGAGCCUCGACUCCCUGGACGCGGACGCCUCGAGUGGCCCCGACACGUUCGAGCGCGUGCAGAGCCUCGAGGAGCUGGACUACCACCAGGCGCGCCGCUACCCGGCCUCCACCUCGUCCGCCGAGGUCCUCAACGACACGGAUCGCGAGGACUCGGGCAUCCACACGGCGGACGCGAGCUGCUCCGUCAGCCAGGCCGACGAGCCGAUCGAGGAGGAGAUCGAGCCCGACCCCGAGCACAAGCACCAGCUCGAUCACCACCAGCACAGCCUCAACCAUCUCAACCAUCUCAACCAUCACAAUCAUCACAAUCACCAUAAUCGUCAUCUCAAUCACCGCAACCACAAACACAACUACAACCAUAAUCAUUAUAACGACAACCAGCACUAUCAUCAGAAACUUCUGGAAACGCCGCUGUUCAUCGUCGACGAGCAGAACGAGUUUCGGGAUAGCAUCGAGGCGGCCUUGAUCGAGACCACCAAGAGCCUCGACAGAAUCGAAGAGAAGAUUAUCGGGCUGACAUUGAAGCCGGAGAAUCGCGAUGCUGUGCUGAUUGAGUCGGGCACCGCUGACACUUCUUCCUUCUCUUCCACUGCUGGGCCAGCACUAGGGCUAUCCGCUAACCAGGGCAUUACCGAGCCACGGAGCACUAACGCUAGCGUGCCUCGUACCUUCUGCACCUCCCCCGCGCCCCUCAUCAUCCCAACCACCGUCUGCUCGCGUCCCGUGGUCUACCAAAGUCCCCGGAUCCCACCCCGAAGGUUUGCUCCCGAAGCGCGGCCGAGACCCUCUCACCUGGCCGGCCUUGACGGGAGCCACGCGGGCCCGGCGCCCGGAGCGCCUUCGAACCGAUCCCCCCUGCAGCAAAAACCCCCCGCGGAACAGGAGGCCGAGGUGACGACAAGCAGUCCCGUAGCCCGGAGCCCCUUGGCCUCCCCUCGCUCGCCCUCCAAAAUCCCGACUCCCUUGCCUAGAAGAGGAGCCGUUACCCCGACUUCCGCCGAGGCCGGACAACCGGCUCCCGUCCCUCUGCCCCUCUCCAUCAAGCAACGUACCAGCCUCCCGAGCAGAUCCCAAUCAGCAAUGCCCUCGGAGAUUCCCGUACCCGUGAAGUCGCCCAUCGGCUGCCCCGGCCCGAGGAUCGGGCCAUCUCCCUCGCCGGAACCCCUGCAGCGCGUCGUCGUGGAGGUCUGCGAGAAGGUGCUGGUGCCCCGGGGUCAGACGCGAGUUACGCCCUUCAUCACCGUCGAGCGCUACGCGGACGAGCCAGAGCUCCUGGAGCCGUCGAGGCGCGAACAAAUCGCGCCCGAGGACGACGACGAGGAGGAGGAGGAAGAGGAGGAGGAGGAGGAGGAGGAGGAGGAGGAAGAAGAGGAAGAGGAAGAGGAAGAGGAAGAGGAAGAGGAGGAGGACGACGGCGACAACGACGACGAGGACGAGGAGGAAGAGGAGGAGGAGGAGCCAGAGCUCGAGGAGGAGCCCGAGGAGUCCGAAGAGAAGGCCCAGCGGCCGGAGCCUAAGAUGGAUGCUGUCCCCGUGAGACCAACGAGCCUCGCCCUCGAGAGGACGACGAGCCUCUGCACGGACUUCCUCAGUCCAAUCUCCCCCGUAUCGAAGCAGAUUUUGCCGCUGAGCUUCUCCAGCGAUGAGGAGAUUAUUACGGGACUGUCGUUCCCGUUGGGUCCGCCGACGAGCGUCGAGCCCCCAAAGGAAAAGCCACCACCGCCACCCGUCGACCUCAGCGACGAGGAGAAUAUGCCGAUCGAGCCACUUAAGAGGCUCAACUCCACGCGCAGGAUCAAGAAGGAACUGCGUACCCGACGAUCCGACUUCUUAGGCAUCGAAGGGUUCAACGAGGACGAGCUCGAGCGCGAGCUCACGCUGACCAAGCCUCCGGAUAUGGCGGCGAUCCUGGCGGAGGAGCGACGUAUCGAGCAGCUGCAUCGGCGCUCCUACGACACCGACAGCAAUUACGAGCAGGACUCGAGCCACGAGCGGGACUCCGGGGUGGAGCUCGGCCAGGCCGAGGACUGGGCCAAGCAGCCCGUGAGCCCGGAUAUGUCCCAGCACAGUCGCCAGAGCAGCGAGCCUUUCGGCGCCAGCGUCACCUCCUCCGAGGAGGACGAGAUCACGAAGAAGGAGCGUGAGAUCAUCGAGGUGCUCGAGCGCGAAGAGCAAUGGCGCUACGAGAAUAAGCGCGAAACCAACAGCGACAUUGGUGAGAAGCUCGCCCACAAGCUCCGUGAGCUCGAGGAGGAGAAGAUGCUACUGGAACGCGAACGCGCCUCUAAGGAAGUCUCGGAGAAUCAGCAGCAGCAACAGGUCGAGCAGCAGCAACAGCAGCAGCAGCAACAACAACAACAACAACAACAACAACAACAACAACAACAGCGCCGUCAUCAGGAACCGGACAUCGAGACAUUGAGGAUGAACGAGGAGAAUCUGCGUAUGCAAGAAGAGAUGCAGCGUAAGGAGAAAGAGAAGGAUGAAGUAGAGGAAGAGGAGGAGGAGGAGGAGGAGGAGGAGGAGGAGAAGAUCAAGACAACGACGAUGGCGCGCCAGCAGGAGUUUAACAAGCAACAGCGCAUCGAUGAGAAUUCGCAGCAGCAGCAGCAGCAGGACGUGAAGGUCGAGAUGUCGGUGAACGACGGAGACGACGAUGAGGACGAGGAACAGCCGCGGUGCCAGGAGCAGACGAGGAUGCAAGAGCGAGAGAGAAGGAGCGCCGAAGCGCGCAGACAGGAGGAGAUGCAAGUGAAAGCACAAGAGAACAAGCCGACGAGCCCGAGCCUAAGCAUCAACGAAGACGAGUACUCCUCCUCAAGGGAUGUCCUGCGGGUGGAGCGCGAGCUGCUUCAACUGGAGCAGGAGGAGCUCAAGCGCCAGCGCAGUAAUCUCGCCUACCGCGAGCAAAAGCAGCAACAACUCGCGGAGAAGCUUCACGAGCAGUGGAAGUCCCUGCAAGACGUGGCGCAGACGCCUCCGACGAACCUCGCCCGUCAGCCCCAGUACGGCAAGCCCCUGGCUGCGCCCCUCAAUUACAGAUCCUCGAUGCCGAAUCUCCUACAGGAGCCGGGCCCCGGUCAACGCAAGAGAUGGGUAUGGGCACCGCCCCAGCCACCCAUACCACCGGCCAAGCCUCUCAGGCUUAUCGAUCAGAGGCAGCGGGACGCCACCAUCAGGAGCAGUCGCGUGCCAUCGGCGGACUCGAUACCCCAGCAGGUGGAGGCACCCCUGAGGCCGAGCGUCCACCACGGCCAGCAAAUGAGCAGGCAGACGCUUCAGGCGCUCUCGGCGGUGCCCCGACCGAGGAUCGUCCAAGCCGACCAGUGGGUACAGCGGCGCAAGAGCGAGGCGCCGAGAGCCACCCACGACUACAACUACCAACACUGGCUCAUCCAGGAGGCGGAGCAGCGGAGGAUCAAUGAGAAGAAUCAGCGCUCACCGGUACGGAAGCCGCACGUGACCGGAACCUCGGUGGUGCCUUAUACUGCAUCGCCGCCUCGCUCGGACGGCAAACCGCUGCCAGACUCCGUCAUCCAGACGCUCACCAAGAGAAUCCAAAAUAGGGUCCAGGAAAAGCCGCAGCCGCCACGACGAAGGCUGGAGCACAGCACGAGCCAAGAGCAUCUUCAUUCGCCCCAGCAUUACCAGAUGCAGCAGCACAAGGUGCACCAGUCGGCCAACGGGACGGAGACGCAGGAGAAGAUGCUGAGUGUGAGCGGCAAAAAGAAGUGCUCGCACUGCGGCGAUGAACUGGGACGGGGCGCGGCGAUGAUAAUCGAGAGCCUCCGGCUCUUCUACCACAUGGAGUGCUUCAAGUGCUGCGUGUGCCACGUGAGACUGGGAGACGGACUCAUGGGGACGGACGUGCGCGUGCGCAACCACAAGCUGCAUUGCCACAAUUGCUACUCCAGCGACGACGGUACAGGCCCAAACCACGCAAAUCAUAACCAUAGGCCACUCGGUGAAACAUUCAUAAAGCAAUAGCGGCACACGAGUCGCUCCUUUCUCCACCAUCCAACCUCCAUCCACGCAUUCACCCCGGACAACGACGGCUCCUCGACGCCGGGCGAAUUUUUUGCCGAUUAUACGCCGAGGCUCUAUCUCUCCCCUCUCGAUAUCCUCGAGUUUAGCGAUAAAUCAUACGGGCUGUUUGCUGCUAUCUGUCCCGCCCUGCUCCGAAUGAUUAGCAAUGACAAACCGACCGGCCAAUAAUGAAUACUUAAUGUUGUCGUUGAAAUCUCACGCCUCUC